CAUUGAUAACCAUCUCAGCGUCAGGCUCGCUUCCACACUCGCUGAUAACUCGAGCAAAUUCUCCCUCUGAGCAUUCGGACCGACCCACCAUAGAACCUCGAGCGUGAUCGAAGAUGAGAGUUGCUCGUGUCAUCAUGUCGUCGCGAGUCGCUCGGGACUUCUUCUGAGCCGCGAACUCACCAGGAACAUGGCACUCUCCGGAAUCUUCCCUCUGGAUUCCAUUCCUGUUCUCUCGCUUCUCAAAUCGACUGCAUGCUUUCGCUGUGAUCUUCUCCCCGAGCGCUCUGAUUGCCCCCCACUCCGCCCCUCGACUUACAUGGCCGAUAUCCAGGAGCUGGAAUUCGAUGCUUUUCCACCGGUGUCUCCCCCACGGCGGUCGACGUGGAAGUCGGUGCUCUUGGUCGCAACAUGCACCCUUGCGAUGAUUACGAAUCUUGCCUCUUCCUCUGCUGUGUCUUCGUUCCUCCCGGUUAUUGCGCGAGAUCUGCACAUACCCGAGAGCCAGCUCCAAUGGCUGGUCUCCGCGUUCUCUCUGUCCUCUGUAUGUCUUCCCGUCGGCUUCUGUCUCGAUGACCCAUUCGGCGUGCAGGGAUGCCUCCUGCUACUCCUAGGUCGACUUGCCGAUCUCUGGGGCCGGAAGCGAUUCUUCGUCAUCGGCACCUCCUGGCUCGCCGUAUUCUCCCUUGGAUGCGGCUUUGCGCGGGAUUCGACCACGCUCUACAUCCUCCGGGGCCUGCAGGGAAUUGGCCCUGCGGCCUUCCUUCCCGCCUGCGUGGGCAUCCUGGCACAUGGUUUCCCCGAAUCAGGUGCACGCAACAUUGCCUUCGCUACUUUUUCGGCCGGGGCGCCUAUGAGUGGCGCUGUCGGUACGCAGAUCAGCGCGUUGCUCGCCCAGAAGACACCCGCAUCUUGGCGCGCUCCGUUCUAUUUUCUCGCCGGGCUUUCCGCCCUUUGUGCUCUAGGCGGACUGCUCGCUAUCGACGACGACAUCCCGAGUCUAGAAAUGGAUAAACGGGUAGACUGGAUCGGCGCGUUUCUAGUGACGACGGGGCUCGUACUCUUGUUGUUCGUCCUCGGGCAAGGUCAGCUCGCGUCACAGGGCUGGAAGACUCCGUACAUCCUCGCACUUCUAUUCGUCGGGCUCUUGGCCAUUGGUCUCUUUCUCGCAUGGCAGCACUAUCUGGAGCAGAACUCCGAGCGGAGCACGAGUCUGCCUCCGCCGUUGAUGAAGCUCUCGUUGUGGUCCCGCGCGAACGGCAAAUUCGCUGUUAUGCAAGUCAUCGCGUUCUUUGAAUGGGCCGGAUUCUUGACGUGGUUCUUCUGGUCCCAGGUCUAUUACGAAGACUACGUGAAGUUCACUCCGAUCUUGACUGCACUGCGGAUGUUGCCGAUGAGCAUCGCUGGAUUCCUGUGCAAUUUUUUCGUAGUGUUUCUCGUCAGCCGGAUCGAUCUGGUCUACCUCGUCGUCUUCGGCACGACGUUCACUGGAAUCGCAGGCUUACUGAUGGCGCUAAUCCAUCCGGGCGCACCGUACUGGGCCUACGGCUUCCCAUCGCCAAUCGUCUCUGUGUUCGGCGGUGACUUCGUCUUCGCUGCGGGGACCCUGUUCAUCGCCAAGAUCUCGCUCCCGCACGAACAGAGCCUGUCCGGCGGGAUCUUCCAGACACUGAUGCAGCUGGGAACCGCAUUUGGACUGGCGAUAUCGACCAUUGUGCUGACAUCUGUGAGUGGAGGCCGAAGCGCGGGAAUGGGCGCCCCGCUUGAAGCAUAUCACGCGGCGCAAUGGACCGCUUUCGGCAUGGCAAUAGGGUGCUCCGUGUUGGCCAUCGUCUUUCUGCGGGGAGUGGAACCUGUUGGCAUUCCGGCUGAUGCUGAUGUACCUGAGGAAUCAAGCGUCGAUGAGUCGGUGAAGUCGUAGCUUUGUCUUGCAGAACGUACCCACGAAUGUUGAUUGAUACGUGAAAUGAUUGACUGCUGCCUUGACUGUCCAUACUGAACUCCGGCUUGUCAAGCCCAAAUCGUCCCCAUCCUUAUCCAGUCCGCUGAAUGGUUC